AUGGCCAACCCUGCAGUGGCCUCCCGUGGAUCUGGACCCAGAAUGUCUCCAAUCAGGGUCCUGGGCUCCAUCCUGCUGCUUGGGUUCCCGCUUGUCUGCCCACAGCCCUCUACUGACCACAGAAAGGUCCCACAGCGGAUGGCGGCGGCGGCUGAGGGCGACGCCGAAGAUGAUGGUGGCGGCUCUCCCGGCAUAUGGGGUACCUGGGGUCCCUGGUCUGCCUGCUCUCGCAGCUGCAGCGGGGGCGUGAAGGAACAGACGCGGCCCUGCCUGCCUGGCUCUGCCCGCACCCCAGCGAGAGCCUUCACGGGCCGCGUGCUGUCAGCUGUGCGCACGUCGGUGCCUCUACACCGGAGCCGCCAGGAGCUGCGCGCCGCGCCCAGCUCUGACGCUGCUGGCGUCCAAGGGCCUGCCUCACUGCGGGGCAGCCGGCACUCCCAGGCCCGCGGCGGCGGAACCCCAACGGAAAGAAGGGGCAGGACUCAGGGUGCCAUCGGCCCCGGACGGUACGGCUAUGGCAAAGCCCCAUACAUCUUCCCGCUGCAGACAGACUCCGCACACACACUCCAGAGGCUGCGGAGGCAGAGACCCCCAUCCCGGCAGGCCAGGGCCCAGGAUGUACCGGUUCCCAGGACUGGUUAUGGCCCUGCAGCCCAGCAGCUCUCCCAUCAUGGUUCUGGUGGCCAUGGUGACCAUGGCCCUCGCUCUGGGCUGCAGGCAGCCAAGGCUUCCAGCUACCAGCUGCCUCUGACCCACAACCAGGGCUUCCCUAUGGCCUCCAGUUUCUUCCAGAGCUCGGAGAGGAGCAGUGGCAGCCAUGGUGCAGGGGCUCCUGGUGUGGCUCAGAGCUUGUCCCAGCCUUCACGCUCCAUGGCCAUCUCCUGCAUUGGUUCCUACCGGCAGUACAAGCUAUGCAAUACCCAGGCAUGUCCAGAGAGCAGCAGGAGCAUCCGGGAGGUACAGUGUGCAUCCUACAACAACAAGCCAUUCAUGGGACGCUUUUAUGAGUGGGAGCCCUUUGCAGAAGUGAAGGGUGACCGCAAGUGUGAACUGAACUGCCAGGCCAUGGGCUACCGCUUCUAUGUCCGGCAAGCUGAGAAGGUCAUUGACGGCACACCCUGUGACCAGAACGGCACAGCCAUCUGUGUGUCUGGGCAGUGUAAGAGCAUCGGAUGCGAUGACUUCCUGGGAUCAGACAAAGUGGUGGACAAAUGUGGAGUGUGCGGUGGAGACAACUCGGGCUGCCAGGUGGUGUCGGGUGUGUUCAAGCGCGCACUGUCCAGCCUGGGCUACCACCGCGUCCUGGAGAUUCCCCAAGGAGCCACAAAAAUCAACAUCACCGAGAUGCACAAGAGCAACAACUAUCUAGCCCUGCGGAGUCGCUCCGGCCGAUCCAUCAUCAACGGAAACUGGGCCAUUGACCGGCCUGGGAAAUACGAGGGUGGAGGAACCAUGUUCACCUACAAGCGCCCCAACGAGAUCUCGAGCACUGCUGGGGAGUCCUUCCUGGCCGAAGGGCCCACCAACGAGAUCUUGGACGUCUAUAUGAUACAUCAGCAGCCCAACCCUGGAGUGCACUACGAGUAUGUCAUCCGGGAUGCCAACACCAUCAGCCCACAGGUGCCACCCCUCAGGAGGCCAGGGCAGCCGUUCAACGGGCAGCUGGUGAAGGAAGAUGGGAGGCAGGACGAGGGGGCAGAGGAGAGGAGCCAGGAGACGCAGGACACGGGUGCCGAGGUGCCUGAGACACUGGCCACAGGAUCAGCCCAGGCCUUCCCCGGCAGGCAGCCUGAGAGGUUCGCCUCCCACCAUCCUGAUCAGCCAGUCCCGGCAGCCCCGCAGCCGCCUCGGCGCAGCCGGAGUCACACCUGGAAACAGCUGGGAACGACGGAGUGCUCGGCCACCUGUGGGAAAGGAUCCCAGUCACCCAUUUUCCGCUGUGUGCACAGAAGCACGCAUGAGGAGGCGCCCGAGAGCUACUGCGACGCCAGCAUGAAGCCGAGCCCUGAGGCAGAGCCGUGCAACAUCUUCCCCUGCCCGGCCUACUGGGACAUUGGCGAGUGGUCACAGUGCAGCAAGACCUGCGGCCUCGGCAUGCAACACCGCCAAGUGCUGUGCCGCCAGGUGUAUGCCAACCGCAGUCUCACGGUGCAGCCCUACCGCUGCCAACACCUGGAGCGGCCUGAGACCACCAGCACCUGCCAGCUCCAGAUCUGCAGCGAGUGGCACAUCCGGGCCGACUGGACCUCGUGCUCCGUGCCCUGUGGCGUGGGCCAGCGGACCCGUGACGUAAAGUGUGUGAGCAACAUCGGGGAUGUGGUGGCCGAUGAGGAGUGCAACAUGAAGCUGCGGCCCAGCGACAUUGAGAACUGCGACAUGGGACCUUGUGCCAAGAGCUGGUUCCUCACCGAGUGGAGCGAGCGGUGCUCAGCGGAGUGCGGGGCUGGAGUACGGACGCGCUCGGUGGUAUGUAUGGCCAACCACGUCAGCAGCCUGCCCCUGGAGGGCUGUGGGGACAACCGGCCAGCGGAGGCCACACCCUGUGACAACGGACCCUGCACGGGCAAGGUGGAAUGGUUUGCAGGGAGCUGGAGCCAGUGCUCCGUGGAGUGUGGCCCUGGGACACAGCAGAGGGAGGUGAUCUGUGUGAGGAAAAACGCAGACGCCUUUGAAGUGCUGGAGCCCUAUGCGUGCGCCUUCCUGGAGCGGCCCCUGAGCCGGCAGCCGUGCCACCUCAAGCCAUGUGGUGCCACGUGGUUCAGCACCGAGUGGAGCAUGUGCUCCAAGAGCUGCCAGGGUGGCUUCCGAGUCCGGGAAGUGCGGUGCCUGUCGGAUGACAUGACCCUAAGCAAUCUCUGUGACCCACAGUUGAAACCGGAAGAGAGGGAGUCCUGUAACCCCCAGGACUGCGUCCCUGAAGUUGAUGAGAACUGCAAGGACCAGUACUACAACUGCAACGUGGUGGUGCAGGCGCGCCUGUGUGUCUACAGCUACUACGAGACUGCCUGCUGCGCCUCCUGCACGCGGGGAGCCCAGCGGCAAACCAGCUUCCUGGGGAGCAGAUAA